AUGUCUCGGAACUGCUCGCUUGCCAUGUGGACAUACGUCCCACGGGCAACACCAGGGACACGACUGAUCCUCCGCAGCAGCAACACCUCGCCUGUGGUUGCCACUUGUACUACCCUCUCGGCCUCGGCGGGCUUUGUGGCUCACGCUGAUGGCUCGCUCGUCCAGUGGCUCUCACGGCCACAGCCAGAGGCAUGUGUGGCAAAGGCUGCUGCGCCUCCGGACACCCUCCCGCCACUCUCUGCCAUGGCUGCCGAUUGGUCUGGGUCACAUCUGGCCUUUGUCCAUGCCCAUCCUCCUCGCCUAGCGCUCUGCCGACUCGCAUCGGCCGGGCCGGCCGCCCUCGCCAUCACGGAGACGCACGGCGCCGAUCUGGGCCCCGGCGCACCGCUCUUGGCCGCUACCCGCCACCGAGUGGUUGCUGCAGCAGGCUCGACAGCUGUCUGCACGCCGUGGGAGCUGCUCGAGGGCGAUCCCGACGCGCCAGCCGUGGUCGUCGAGCUCGACGCGCCAAUCACUGCGCUUGCUGCUGCCGACGAUGGCGAUGACCGUGACGCGCUCUGGGUGCUGGCGGUGACAAGCUACGGCUCGGCACGCGUUGUCCGCUACGACAUGGCGUCUACUGGUGUAGAGACCGCGAGCAUACCCGGGACCGACGCCGUGGCCGGCGCACUGCUUCCGCGCCAUGGCGCGGUCGUCGUCCUCACGGCAUCAGGCGCACUGAGCGUUUUUGCUGCCACCCGUCGCCGCAGCUCUGCGGGCCUCUUGCUCCGCCAUCUGGCGUCUAUCGAUCUUGUUGCCGCCCUUGACCUCGACGACCCUGCAGCUGCGGUGGUGGUGAGCGGUGCUGUGGUCGCUGCACCACGCGGCGAUGCUGUCGGCAUCACAGUCACCCUCUCCGACCACACCCGUGCUCUGCUCACCUGGUCGUACGCGUCGGCAGCGCCGGCCCGCAUCGAUGCGCGCACAGCUGCACUCGCCCCGGACACUGCAAGCAUCGGCUGGUUUGCCCGCGGCUUUGCUCUCCUCGCUGCCUCGCCCGCCGAGCUUCACAAGUACGAUCUAAUGCAAAGCAACGUCCGCGAGCGCGCCCUCACUCUUGUCUCCGAGUCUGGUCUCGUGGUGUACAAGGCUUUUGUCGAGGAGGCGCUCGAAGAAGACGUCGGCCCGCGGUCGGCGCUGCUCCUCAACCCUUGCGUCGCAUAUCCGCCCACUUAUCUCGAGGACUACAACGCGCCGGUUGUCGGAUGGGCCUGGUCGCCGUCAGCGCUCCAUGGCGUUGUCUGGGCUGGUGCCGGCUUUACCGUCUACGAUGUCCGCACCGCAAAGUGGCACCUCAUUGGCUCGCGAGCGACUGAGCGCGAUCUGGCUGUCAUCGCCGUUGUCUGGCUCGACGACUCGCGGUUUGCUGUUGCUGCCUACUCACGCGCCGCCGCAUCGUAUUUGGUUGUUCCAUUCUCGCUCACCAGCCCGCUGGCUGUUCCGACCCCAAUUCCGGCGCCGCUUCUCUUCCCGACCCGCAUCGCCCGCCUCGCUGCCUCGCCCGGGGGCGGCCUGCUUGCUGUUCUUGACGCCAGCGGCUCGCUGCGGCUGCUGGUCCGUGCCUCGCCACCGAGCGACUCACCGUACCUUGCUCUGUCUCGUAUCGAGCUUGGUGAGGCGGGCACCGGCUCGCUUGUUGCUGCGUCACCCGCACUCUCGCUUCACCUGCUUCCAGACCGAGACGACGCUGCGGCUCUGCUCUUUGUCCAUCGCGGGCGGCUUGGGCUCGUCACGCUUGACACGGCACGGUGCGCAGCGUCGGCACCGGUCUGGAUCGCAUCCGAUGUCGGCACUUUUGUGGCCGCGCCGGCGCCGGCGGACCUUGGCCUGGUGGUGCUCACUACCUCUCCGCGCGGAGUCUCCGGCCUUGCGCUCAACACGGCACACUCUGCUUUUGGACGCGCGCCGGCCCUUUCGAUGUGGAUGGCCGACCUUGCUCGUAGCGGACCGGAGCAGAGCCUGUGGAGCUCACGGUAUGCGCCGACGCUCGCGCUCGACGCGGCCUCGGGAACCAUCGCUGCUUUUGACCCGACGCUUUUCUCGUCGGCCGGAUCAGACGGCUAUGAGCGGGCGCUGCGGAGUCACACAGUUGUUGCGCACUACAUUCUGCACUGCCUUGCGCGUGGAAGCGAUCUUCCGACCCUCCUUGCCUUUGCGCGCAGUGUUGCCACAGCCAGCCAAGUUUCGGCUGGUGUGACCGGCCUCGCCGAGCGAGUCCUCCACGCCGCCACCGCGUCAGAAGCCAACGACCUGCUCGAGUCUUCGAUGGCAUUUGUCGAGUACCUCGGCGAGGAGGUCUUUUUGGCUGCUGCCGUCGGCGUUGUCCGCAAGUCGGACAUCUCGUUCUGGCCGUGGAUGUUCUCGGUUUUUGGCGAGCCGGCAGAGCUCGUGGCGCGCGCACUGGCACUCGGCGACCUCGACUCGGGCGUCAACCUCCUUAUUGUUUUGCUCGACGCUAGCCCAGACGAACUCCAGCUUGACUCGUUCGCCAACGUGCUAGAGGCUGUCCUUGGCGCACAGCGGCACGAUCUCCUCCCACCCAUUCUGCGGUUUGUGGCGUCGCUCGCCGACGCGCCGCCAGGCCCGACCACGCCGAGCGUGGCGAGGGCGGCUCCAUCUGUGCAGCCGCGGUCUGGCAAGCGUACCAUUCGGGUCAAAGUCAAGAAGGUCCGGCGUGUCCGCGUCCGCAAGCACCCCAAAGUGGUGGUCAUCACGGCGGAAGUGGUUGGCGAUGCAAUCGUGGCUGCAGUGGCGGCCUGCGAUGUCGGCACCGCCGCGCAGACACUAGCUGCACUCGCCGGCGCGUGGACCACGCCGCGCCUCGCACCACUCCUCCAGAAGCUCCUUGCACGGGUCGAUAUGGCAGUUCAGGAGCUUGUGGGCGACCAGAGCAUCGAUGAGGUUGCGCGGCUCCUCGCGGCAGCGCCCCGAUCGUCGGCCGACGGCUCGACCUUUCUUCCGCUGCUGAGCCUGACGCUGCUCUCGCCAGCAUCGCGGACGCUAGCGGCGGCAUGGGAGCGAGUGGCGGACAAGCUGAAGGCUUGACGACGCGCGCCCUGGAUGCCAAGGCUUUACUUGCCCGGGUUGGUGACGAGCGGCUCGUCGGUGCGGCGGAACGGCGGGGUGUGCGCAGCAAAGACGAUCUGGUCCUUCUCGAGCUUGGUGAUGUCGGUGAUGCGCUCGCCGUCCUCCGUGUAGAGGAUGGUGGCGGGUAGGAUCAUCGAGAGGGCGGUGGUGCACUCGUUCAGGAGGUCAUCGAGGGUGGCACCGACAACGGCGUGGCCGGUUCCCUUGUGGAACCAGCCGUUCUUGUAGGCAAAGACCCGCGUCCGCUUGCGAGUCAACAGGCGCGAGUCCGGUCGGAUGGUCGGCACGUUGGGAUGCGGGUUGUACUUGUCCUGCGAGGGAACGAGCGACUUGAACGACUCGCCGCACGAGACCCAGACUAGGGCCUUGUCGCCCAGCUCAGCGAGCUUGACACAACGCUCACGGCCACCGCGAACAAUGCCAAAGUUGAGCGGCGGUGCAGCGUGAAGCAGCGAGUUUCCGAUCCGAAGAUGCGGCUGACCGCGCCACGAGGCGUCGGCAAGCACGCCGCGCCCGUACUGCGACGACUGCUGGAGGCGGACAGGCGUGAUCGGCUCGGCAUCGCGGAGCUGCUUCUUUGCUUCGGCGAUCGGGUUGACCGACUUGGGCGGACGCGGGAUGCGGCCGGGGUUCUUCUCGUCGUACUCGUCAACCACAAUCUUGCCAUCGCCGAGAAACAGGAGCUUCGGCUGACCGGCAAUGCCGAGCGGCUCGUGGCACUGGUGCAGGAUAUCCUGGACCGUGUUGCCGCAGAUGCGCUUGCCCUUCCGCAGCAGG